AUUUUACAUUUUGAGGGAGGAUUUAUUUUAAUUACUCAUUUUCUUCUAGGCGGAGAUGACUCCGCGAUAAAACACCAGCCUCACGCUAUGUUUUCGAAUCCGAUGGGAAUCUUGCUUGCGAUGCCGGGUUUGAUAAAGGCAUAGGCGCGAUAAGCUUACCCUGUAAACUUUCGAAAAUUUUGUACAAAACAACAUAACAAUGUAAUAUUAAUUUCUGAUUUCAGAUAUCAACCCAUCAAAAUUGAAAAUAAUUAAAAAUGUUUUAUUAUCAAAUGAUGAGAUGAUUCAUGUACAAAACCUUAAGAAAUCUACUAAAUUUGAUAAUGCCAACGCUACUCAUGAAAUUCUCAUUGAGAUAACAGACUUCACCAAUGAAAAACUACAAAAAAUAGAAUACUUAGCACCCGUUCUUGUUGAAAAGAAAAAUGAAGCAAAGUUAUUAUACGUUGAAGGUGGAAAAAAAACUACAGAUAAUCCAGCAUUUAAUGUUAAUUAUGGUACUGAAGACUGCGAAAUUAGUAUUUUUGCUAACUAUAAUGUUGAUGAUGUUGGAUUUAUUACCGAGGGUGAUCUAUAUAACAACAAUGUUCCUGGUAGCAAUGUACAACGGAUCGAAGAAAUAGAAAUGCAAAAUAGUGAUCUAAAUGGCAAUAAAAGCGCAAAAUCUAGUCCUGCUAAAUGUGUACCUUGUGCCAUUGAACCCGUUGUAGAUUCAGAAAUAAGAUCUAUGAAUGAUGAUAAUGUUCAUUAUAGUACUGAAGACUGCGGAAUUAGUACUUUUGCUAACUAUAAUGUUGACGAUGUUCGAUUUCUUACUGAUGAUGAUCUAUAUAACAACAAUGUUCCUGGUAGCAAUAUACAACGGAUCAAAGAAACAAAAAUGCAAAAUGGUGAUCUGAUUAGCGAUAAAAGCGCAAAUUCUAGUCCUGCUAAAUGUGUACCUUGUAACAAUGAACCCGUUAUAGAUUUAGAAAUAAGAUCGAUGAAUGAUGAGACUAAAGAAAAAGGCACACAUAUAAAUGUUGAGGAUUCUGAAGGUAAAAAUGAAUUUUUCUCUUAA